AUACUUCGUCUCUUCCCCUGUAAUGGCGCUUCCACACGUAGUCUCUUCACCUUCUUCAACUUCAUUAUCUCCUUCCUUCAAAUCCAAACCACCGUUUCACUCCCUUAGAUCUCUAUCACCGACACUUGAUAAUCGCCGGCGUUGUAAGCUCAACAGUUCCUUCCGAUGUUCAUCUUCUUCAUUCUCCGAGAAGCAUCACAACAACGCGAAAUCUCCAAAAUCCGAUGACAUCGUCGAGCUUCCUCUGUUUCCGCUCCCACUUGUUCUCUUCCCCGGAGCAAUCCUCCCUCUUCAGAUCUUCGAGUUCCGUUACCGUAUCAUGAUGCACACACUCCUCCAAUCCGAUCUUCGAUUCGGCGUCGUUUACUCUGAUUCCGUCUCCGGCUCCGCCGCAGAAGUCGGAUGCGUCGGCGAAGUCGUGAAACACGAGCGUCUUGUUGAUGAUCGAUUCUUUUUAAUCUGCAAAGGUCAAGAACGAUUCCGAGUCACGAAUGUUGUCCGUACGAAACCUUACCUUGUUGGAGAAGUUACGUGGCUUGAAGAUCGUCCUUCCGGUGAAGAGAAUCUUGAUUCGUUAGCGAAUGAAGUCGAAGUGCUGAUGAAAGAAGUGAUUCGGUUAUCGAAUAGAUUGAAUGGGAAGGCUGAGAAAGAAGUUCAAGAUUUGAGGAGGAAUCAGUUUCCGACGCCGUUCUCGUUCUUCGUCGGAAGUACGUUUGAAGGAGCUCCUAGAGAGCAGCAAGCGUUGCUUGAGCUUGAAGAUACUGCGGCUAGGUUAAAGAGAGAAAGAGAGACGUUGAGGAAUACACUUAAUUAUUUGACUGCUGCUUCUGCUGUUAAAGAUGUGUUUCCUUCGUCGUCUUAGUAUGUGUACAUAGAAUCUGAAUCUCUCUCUGCGUUUGCUAUAUUGAGCUUUGUCAGUAAUUGAAUAUACGAAACUUAUGAAAAACUGCAAAGUUGUGAAAGUGUAAUUGGUUUGUAAAUUAGGGUGAUUUUGGUGUUAUGAAUUUGUAGAUGUUUUGAGGGUUUUGAUAGGAUUUAUAGCUGGAUUGAUCACAACAAUGUUGUGGUUUACUUGAGUUAGCAUUCACAGUGAAAGCCUAGAUUACUUGCUAUGUCAACAAUUCUUCAUAGACUGAGUUUUGAGAAGUAGAAAGAGAUGUUCACUGAAUUAGGGGAUGUCAAGACUGCUACGACUCAUAUAGAGACCAAGUAGUGUUUGUUGCUUCGUCUAUAGGCUUAUGGUACUUGAAAAUCUCCUUAAGCUUCUUAGCUUUCUUGUGAAGCGGAUUCUCAGGAGGAUAAUAGCGCACCGCGUUGGCGAAGAAUAAUCAAACAUCUUCUGGAAA